UUUCAUGUCCAACCGAGCCAGCGAUCAUCAGUGACUAUAAGCCCUGAAUUUAAGUCGCGAGCUCCCCACGUCCUUUCUCCUUCAUGUGGCCAUCCGAAGAAAAUCUGCACGGUUUCUAAGAUGCAAAUUUUCGUCAAGACUUUGACGGGAAAGACCAUCACUUUGGAGGUCGAACCAAGUGAUACUAUUGAAAAUGUAAAAACAAAAAUCCAAGAUAAAGAAGGUAUUCCACCUGAUCAACAGCGAUUGAUUUUUGCUGGAAAACAGUUGGAAGAUGGCCGAACUCUUAGUGACUACAACAUUCAAAAAGAGUCAACUCUUCAUCUUGUUCUUCGACUCCGAGGAGGUGGGAAAAAGAAAAAAAAGACUUACACCACCCCCAAAAAAAUAAAGCAUAAGAAAAAGAAGGUUAAACUAGCUGUGUUAAAGUAUUACAAGGUAGACGAAAAUGGAAAGAUCACACGCUUAAGACGAGAGUGUCAAUCAGAAUCAUGUGGUGCGGGAGUUUUUAUGGCAAGUCAUUUUGAUCGCCAGUAUUGUGGAAAAUGUCAUUUGACUUAUGUGUUUAACAAACCUAAUGAAGGCAAAUAAAUGAAUCUUUUUGUCUUUAUAGUGUAGAACCAUAAUAAGUCUGUGUAAUAAAACCACUUUCAAUCAAA